CAGCUCAAACACAGGCUACUGAGCUGUGGGCAGAAUGUUUCCUGCCUCCCCAUCACUGUCAUGAGGGGUUUGCUCUCUUCCCACAACCAAGCCUACUGGCAGGAGUGCAUCCAGAAGGAGGCCGCUGCCCGGGUUGCUUGGAAGAUCAACUAUGGCCACAAAUAUCCUAAGGAGAGGCCCAAGCCCAGGAAGCAGGUCUGGCAGGCCCCUCUCAGGUCAGACUUGGGAGUGUCUGUGCCUGCCACCAGCUACCCUCGUAGGAAGGAGGCAUGGGCUGGAUGGCCGGAGACUAAGGGACUUGGGGCUCAGCCACCCAAGGAAGUACAUGUCCAGGGCACCCCACGCAAAGGAGACAGAAUCUGGGCGGCUCAAAGAGCAAUUCAGACACCAGCAGGCCAGACCAAGCCAGAGGGCUUAGAAAUGAGGAAGGUUCCCCCUAGCACCCUGCAGCUGCUCUUCCAAGGCAUCUCCCACGAUGGUGAAGGCCGGGCUUUGUACCUCCGGGAGCGGCAUCGGCAGAAGCCAGAGGAGAAGUUUCCAUACCCGAUCCUGUCAUCCUGGGACUACGGCUGGCAUGUGGGCCUAUGCCCAGGGGCCAGCAGGUCCCGUGAAGCUCUCCCGAGGCUGCUCUGGGGCACUGGCCAACCGCUGACGUCUCCCCACGACCACCAGCGCUCAGCCCUAGAGAAGCUCGAUCAGAAGGGAAGAUGCCUUGCAACAAUGACAAAAACAAAACUGAAAACAACCUAACUAUCCCCAAAAAGGAAA